AUGAAGCUGCAGUGGUCCGUGGUGGGCUCGGUCUUCUUCUUCGUGCUCUCUGUGGUCAUGACGUUCGGCUUCAUUUGGCAGUACCGCCUCCCCAAGCUCAGACCAGGUGAUGUGGUGCUGAAGAGACUGGAGCCCGUGGAGAUGUGCCCCCGCUCCCCAGAGCCAGUGCCCCUGACCCACCCCAUCACCUCAGUGAGAGUGGCCCUGGAGAAGAUGGACGUGCUCCUUCGUUCUCACAUCAGCACCAGACUUCCCUCCAUCUCCGCCGUGGUUCUGCUCAACGACUCUGUUCUGUGGAACGCUCACUUUGGCAAACAGAACCUGAGCGACCCCUCGUCCCCCGCCCCGGAUGAAAACACAGUCUACAGAAUAGCCAGCGUGUCGAAGCUCUUCCCCACCCUGAUGCUGUAUAAGCUGUGGGAGGAGGGGUCCGUCACCUCCCUGGACGACCCCCUGGACAAGUACCUGCCCCACUUCAGCAUCAAGAACCCCCUGGGCACCAGCGGCAGCAGCCAGGACCCCAACGCCUGGACCCCAGACAGCCCCCCCGCCCUCAGCCUGCGCAGGAUGGCCAGCCAGCUCUCCGGUUUACCGCGCAGAUUACGCUCGACUAAUCUGCUGUGGGCGGGGGACACGGCGGAGGCUCUGCGGCUGCUGGAGGACGACGUGCUGGUGGCCGACCCGGGGACCAGGUGCCACUACAGUAACGUGGCGUUCUCUCUGUUGGCGCGGGUGCUGGCGGAGCAGGUGGCCGGGCAGGACUUCGAGAGCUGGGUGUCCGAGAACAUCCUGCAGAGGCUCAAAAUGGACGACACCGGCUUCCAGUGGCAGUCGUCGUCAGGGCGACCGCUGGCAGUGGGCGUGUACAGCAGCGGCCAGCCCGCCCCCCUGUACGACCUGGGCUGGUACCGGCCGGCGGGGCAGAUGUACUCCACCACCGCAGACAUGGCCAAGCUGACCAUGGCACUGCUGGGGGUCCCCGGGGCCUCACUCCUGCGUCAGGACACUCUGACCACCAUGCUCACCCCGCUGCUCCGCUGCCACACCGGUUACUUCGCCAACGCCACGGGGACCCCCUGGGAGGUCAACCGGCAGAUGGGCUACGACGUGGUGCGUAAGGACGGGGACCUGGACGGAUACGCCGCCACUCUGUCCCUGGUGCCACGGCUGAAGCUGGGCAUAGUGCUGCUCAUGGCGGGCGUGAGGCCCACCGAGGAGGACCUGGUGAGGCAGGCCUACUCCUACCUCAUCCCUGCUCUGGAGGAGGCCUUCAGGGAGGCUCCUCGCACCCUCCGGGCCCCCCCGGACCCACAGCCAUAUCUGGGCUUCUUCACGUACAGGAACAUAACCUUCUAUGAGAUCAAAGCCGACCCGUCCGGGGUGCUGGUCAUGCAGCAGUUCGGACCACAGUUGAACUCCUCGGUCCCGGCCAAGUACCGGACCCUGCGACUGGAUCACCUGCAGGGCCGAGUGUUCAGGGUGGUGUUUGACAGUCCGUACCCCUGUAAACUCAAACUGCACUCUGCCUCUGUGUCUCUGGAGGCGCAGGACCGUCAGCUCUUUAACUUCUAUGUGUUUAAUAAGAAGGGCUUGUCCCCAGGAUUCGACUCACCAGGACUCAACACCUACCGCGUGCUGCGCAUCCACGGACGGCCCUUCUUCACCUCAUGAGAGCACCUGUCAGCGCACCUGUCGGGGCAGGUGCUGCUGUGGGCCCUGAGACACA